UUAAGCCUAUAUACUGACAGAGAAAUGUAGUUACUAAGGGAUUUUAUUUUAUUUUUUCCCUCUCUUACACUUCAUAAAGAGAGUGGAAGUAUUUUCUAAGCCUGAAACAGUUGGCUUUUCCAAGUUCAGAAUUCCUGCUUGCUCUAACAUGGCGAAGUUUGGAGUUCACAGAAUCUUCCUUCUAGUCAUUCCACUGAUGAAGUUUGUAGAAGGCACAAAACUGCUGGCGGACUUUAAGAAGUGUGGUGACCUGGAGUGUGAAACUUUAAUAAGCAGAGUCAUAGCCAUAAAAGAUUUCAGAGGACCUGACUGCCGAUAUCUGAACUUCACUACUGGAGAGGAGAUAUCUGUUUAUGUCAAGCUUGUAGGAGAAGGAGAAGAACUGUGGGCAGGAAGUAAAGAAAAAGACUUUGGAUAUUUUCCAAGAGAUGCCGUCUACAUUGAAGAGGUGUUCAUAUCUGAGGAAGUUAAAAUAUCUACUAAAGAAUCUGAUUUUCUUUGCCUUUUUGGAGAAAACUACAUAUUUGAAAAUGAAGAUAGUGAAUUAAACAGUGAUGUUGGUGGAAAUAUAAACUCAUAUGAAGAAGAUAAAGAACAGAAACCUAGGAAAUCUAGAGUCUAUGAAAAUGAUUUUCACGCAGAACAUGGGUUUUAUUCAACUUCUGAAAGUACAUGGUUUGAAGACCAAUUUUCAGCUUCAGAGGCUCCUGAAACUCUUGUAAGCAUCCGAGAAUCAGAAGCCAAUGAAGGAGCAGAGAGUCAAAAUGUCAAACAGACUCCAGAUUCAGAGGUGAGUCAUGCCCCACUGUCCUCAGCCACACCAGAUGGACAAGGAUGGUUUGGAUUUGGCGGGGAGGAAGCUGAAGGGCAAACUUUGGAAUCAGUUACUGCAACUCUACAAGAAAGCUCAUUUCAAAGUAGAGAAAUAGCAGUGGAAGAUGAGAACGAUCUAGAGGAAUUAAACUCUAGUGAGUCCCAAACAGAAUAUAAACAGGAACCUGAAUAUGAACUAGACUCAUUGCCAAGGAAAGAAUGUGAACUGAUGACCGAGGCGGAAAACAUUCCCAGAACUCAACCCACUGGUUGGUUUGGUGGUGGAUUUACAAAUUAUUUAGGCUUGGGAGGUGAAGAGACAGAACCUGAACUACAGUCCCAAGAAAGUAGCCCACCACUGCAAGAUGUUCCUAGUUCAUCCGAUGAAGAGCCCAUAACUCCAUGUACAGAGAUAUUAACAGAAAAAGAAGACGUCAUCAGUAAUGAAAACUCAAGUCUCAAACCAAGUUGGUUUGAUUUUGGUUUUGGUAUGCUGGGUUUUACAUAUGCCAAUGCAGAUAUAAGUCUGUCAGGUGAUGGAGAAAUGAAAGAAAGGGGUGAAGGAGAUGGACAUGAACACAUUCCACGUGAAUCUGACCCUGAUAAGGAACGAGAAACAAAAGUAAUAAAAGAUAUGGAAAAUGAAGAUCAAAUAGACAAGGAAACAGUCUCAGAGAAAAUAGAUGAUUCUGACACUUUACAAUACUUGCAAAAGUUUUUGCAUAAUUUUAACAAUCCUUGGAACUUCCAGGACACUCCAAAGGAAACAGAUCUAUCCUUUCCUGAACACAUACUAGAUGAAACUCAUGUAGUUGAAGAUGAAGAAUUUUUAGCUGAAGAUUAUCCUGAAGAUGACAUCAAAGCUAUGAUAUCUAAAGGCAGUUACAGUCAGUCAGAUACAGGCUCUAAGGUAUUAAUACAAUCACCUAAGGAAAUUCAAGAUUUCAAAAAUCCAUCUAAAAAUUAUGAAAAAUCAAAAACUUUGCUUGAUACUGCGGAGUCUGCUCAGGUGCGAGUAGAGGAAUCUAUGGAAAAUACCUUUCUAGACAGUCUAGUGUUUUCAACGGAUGAAUCUUUGUCUUCCCCAAAUGGCCUUGCUCAAAAAGAAGAUGCUUCUGAAUAUCAGAGUCUGAGAUAUCUUUUUCAAAUUUUUGUUUAUGAUUUCAUGGAUGCUGCAUUGUCAUCAGUUGUAGUUCUUACAGAAAGGGUUAUGGAAGCACUGCCUGAAGAUAUGAGGCCAGGUCCUAAUCCUAAUGGUUUGCUGUGGGAAUUGGUCAUCUGUGCAACUGUUGUUGGCUUUUUUGCUGUCCUCCUGCUUUUGUGGAGAAGUUUCCGCUCGGUUAGAAGCCGACUUUAUGUAGGGAGAGAGAAAAAGCUCGCUGUUGAACUUUCCACCCUGAUUGAGGAAAAAUGUAAACUACUUGAAAAAUUGAGCCUUGCUGAAAAGGAGUAUGAAGGCUUAGAGUCCUCGUUAAAGGAUGCCAACCUAGACGAGUCAGCAGAAGCACGAAGUCUGGAGGCAGCCUGUGAGGAACUGUGCAGGUCUAAAUCUGAACUUGAGGAUGAAAUACUGUCUCUAGAAAAAGAAUUAGAAGAAGAGAAAUCUAAACAUUCCAAACAAGAUGAAUUGAUGGUAGAUAUUUCUAAAAGGAUACAGUCCCUGGAGGAAGAAUCAAAAUCCCUCAAAUCACAAGUAGCUGAAGCCAAAACAACCUUCAAAAUAUUUCAAAUGAAUGAAGAACGACUUAAGGUAGCUACCAAAAAUGCUGCGAGUGAAAGUUUGCAACUUCAGGAAAGCCAGAAGCAGCUUUUACAAGAAGCUGACAAAUGGAAAGAGCAAGUGGAUGAUCUUAAUAAACAGAAAACAGCAUUUGAAGAAUCCAAAGUAAAUGUGGAGCAAGUCCUUUCUGAGAAAGAAGAUCAGAUCAAGUCAUUGACUGAACGCUUGCUAAAGAUGAAAGAUUGGGUUGCUGUGCUUGGAGAAGACAUAACAGAUGAUGUUAACUUGGAGUUGGAAAUGAAGAAUGAAUCAGAAACUGAAAACCACCCAAAAGGAACUUUGCAGAAGCUGAUUCAUGCUGCUAAGUUAAAUGCUUCUUUAAAAACUUUAGAAGGAGAAAGAAACCAAAUUUAUAUUCAACUCUCCGAUGUGGAUAAAACAAAGGAAGAGCUUACAGAGCAUAUUCAAAAUCUCCAAGAUGAACAGGCAUCUUUGCAAUCAGAAAAUACACAAUUGGAAAGUGAGAAUCAAAAACUUCAACAAAAACUUAAAGUAAUGACUGAACUCUAUCAAGAAAAUGAAAUGACACUUCACAGGAAAUUAACAGUAGAGGAGAAUUUCCGGUUAGAGAAAGAAGAGAAACUCUCUAGAGCAGAUGAAAAGAUCAGUUAUGCAGCAGAAGAGCUGGAGACCUACAGAAAGAGAGCCAAAGAUCUUGAAGAAGAAUUGGAGAGAACCAUUCAUUCUUACCAAGGGCAGAUUAUUUCCCACGAAAAAAAAGCACAUGAUAAUUGGUUGGCAGCUCGGACCACUGAAAGAAACCUUAAUGAUUUAAGGAAAGAAAAUGCUCACAAUAGACAAAAAUUAACUGAAACAGAGUUAAAAUUUGAACUUUUAGAAAAAGAUCCUUAUGCACUUGAUGCUCCAAAUACAUCAUUUGGCAGAGAGCAUUCCCCAUAUGGCCACGCGCCAUUGGGUCGACCUUCACCUGAAACGAGAGCUUUUCUCUCCCCUCCAACUCUGUUGGAGGGUCCACUCAGGCUCUCGCCUUUGCCUCCAGGGGGAGGAGGAAGAGGUUCAAGAGGCCCAGGGAACCACCUGGAACAUGAAGUCACCAAUGAAAGAGGUGAACCAAGCAGUAGGUUACUCGACCCUCACAGAGCACCUUCUGACACCGGGUCCCUUUCUCCUCCUUGGGACCAUGAUCGGAGAAUGAUACUUCCUCCAUCAGGCCAACCAUAUCCUGAGGCUGUGCUUCCUCACCAAAGGCAGGACAGAUUUUAUCCUAGUUCUGGUAGACUGUCUGGACCAGCAGAACUCAGAGGUUUUAAUAUGCCACCUUUGGAUAAAUCAGAUGGGCCAAUGUCUUUGGAACUGGAACCCAGUGGGAAUGACAGCAGAGAUGAUCAUGGUAAUUCAGCUGUGCCUGAUUCGUCUCCCCCCGUGGAAAGUGAAGUAGCUGGCCCUGGCUUUGUGCCCCCGUCUCUUCCUCCCAUCAGAGGUCCAGUGGAUAUACGGGGCCCAUCUCUAAGAAGGAGGUCUCCUUACCCUCCUCCUCCAGGAACGAUGUUUGGAGACACCCGAGGUUAUUUUCCACCAAGGGAUUUUGCUGGAGGUCCACCACCUCCUCCAUUUGCAAUGAGAACUGUCUAUCCACUGAGAGGGGUUCCUCUUUACCUCCCCGCAAGAGCUGGAACUUACCCCCCACCCCCACAUCCUGAAAGAAGGGAGUUACCACCAGGUGCGAUGCCGCCUUCAAACGAGCCCCCUGCUACUGAACACCCGGAACCACAGCAAGAACCUUGACAAUGUUUUUGUUUUCUCUUCAAAAUAAUCUUGACUUCUCUCUCUCAGUUUAAGUAACUGCUGUUACUUAAGUGAUUCUACUUUUGCUCAAAUUGAAGCUUAAUGCAAUUAUAAUUCUCAGGAUAGUCUUUUGUAAAUAAAGAUGAUUUAAAUAUGAA